UAUAAGUAUUCUUUGAUCGAGAUCGUUUUGAAUACCUAGCCGGUGUUUUAUUUUAUAUCGUAUUUGUGUGAUUCUAGUCAUAUCAGAUAAAUAAUUGAUAUUGCGAAAGAUGAGAUACCUUUCUACAAUAAUACAAGUUCUUUUUAUGCUCAGUGUUUGCUUUGCCACACUAUCGCCGCCGGCUGAUAAAAAGUCACAGAAAGGUAUAAAACCGCAAGAUGGUCCACGAAAAAAUAAUGUAUUGGAUAGGAAAUUGGUAGUUGAGACACCAUAUGCGAAGGAUAUAAUAAAAUAUCACGCUACUUACCAUCAAAACGUCAACACACGUAAUUUUAACAAUGCAGUUUUGGGCUUUGUUACGCCGUGGAAUAACAAAGGCUACGAUGUGGCCAAAAUGUGGGGUCCCAAAUUCAAUUAUAUAUCACCAGUUUGGUUGCAAGUCAAGCGACAGAGUCCUAAUAUUUACAUUAUUUCUGGUUUGCACGAUGUUGACCAUGCCUGGAUGAAAGUUGUGAAACAAAAAGGAGCUUCAAGCAAUUUAAAAAUAAUGCCUCGGCUGCUAUUUGAAAACUGGCAAGCGUCAGAUUUGAAAGCAUUUUUCAAAGAGCCAUCGUCACUGUCAGAGCAAAAGGCGCUCAUUGAAGAAGUAAAGAAAACAUGCAAACAGUGGAACUUUGAUGGUAUAGUGUUAGAAAUGCUUUCACAGAUUGGAAAGUAUGUGGAGAAAUCUGUUAAAUUUAUCCAGCAGUUUGGUUUAGAAAUGAGUGAAGAUGACUUAAAACUAAUUCUAGUCUACCCACCUUUCCGAGGUUAUCCCAGUGAUGAAUUUUUCAUUAAAGCAUAUAAUGAUGUCUAUCCGUAUGUGGAAGCUAUUUCUGUGAUGACUUAUGAUUUUUCUAAUCCACAGAAACCUGGUCCUAAUGCACCUUUAUAUUGGAUGAGAUUGUGUCUAGAAAAGUUAAUUGAAAAUGAAGAAAAUCCCUCUAAAAGAUCAAAAAUACUUCUCGGAUUAAAUUUCUACGGCAACUCAUAUACGGCCAAUGGAGGUGGUCCUAUCGUUGGUGCAGAGUACAUAGAAUUGUUGAAAAAUGCCAAAAAUAAUCAGAUGUUGUCUUACAAUAAUAAUACAGCGGAAAAUUAUAUUGAAAUCAGAACAUCACAAGGUGCGAAAAAGGUAUUCUUCCCAACUCUAUACUCUAUUCAAAAGAGACUGGAUCUUGCAAAAGAAUUUGGUACUGGAGUAGCCAUUUGGGAGCUCGGCCAGGGAUUAGAUUAUUUUUACGACUUAUUUUGAAAUGUGAUAUUACUUCUAGGUUUAAUUAAAUUAUCUCCUCUU